AGCCCAAUUUGGAUUGGGAGUUCCAUUUCAAAGCAAACCCAUAUUCCCAAAAAUUCCCAAACUCUUUUUUGUUUUGUUUUUUUUCGCUUAACAAUCCAAAAAUUCUGAAAAAACGCAAUUUCAAAUUUAAUUUUGCGAGAGGUUCCAGAAUUAAUAUAUCGGAUUGCAACUCGUACAUCCUCUCGAACUCCUCCUCGAGCUCUCUCUCGAGCUCUCUCUCUCUCUCUCUCUCUCUCUCUCUCUCUCUCUCUCUUCUAUGUCUUCCUAUUUGCUUCUUCUCUGAUCUGAAACCAAUCACACUCAAAAUCUUCGUUUUCAACUCACAAAGAUCUCUGUUUCUCUGAACCGCCCUCUCGAUCUCCCCAAGCCCUAUACGCCGCGUUUCAAUCGUUUAUUCUCUCCCUCUAUAUCUUCCAAAACCCAUAUCAACUUCCCUAGGGUUUCCACGAACCCCUUAAAACCUAUUCUUAUACCAGGCUUUGGUAAAUUUGCUUGAAUGACCUUGUGGCAACGAUUGAAACAUGACGUCCAGUAUGUUGUUGGGGGACAGGAGGUUGGCUUCUUCUUCCAGAAGAGGUCCCAUGACUGUUUUAGGGAAAGUUCCAAAACCUGUAAACUUGCCCAGUCAGAGGUUAGAAAAUCAUGGUAGGGACCCAAAUGUGGAAAUUGUUCCCAAGGGCACCCUCGGUUGGGGCAGUAGAUCAUCUUCUGCAUCAAAUGCAUGGGGUUCCCCAUCACUAUCUCCAAAAGCUGACGGUGGCACUUCACCGAGCCAUCUCAGUGGCCAUCUUUCAUCUGGAAGUGGCACUCGACCAUCUACUGCUGGUAGUGAGAAAGCGCAUGAACCUUCUUCUAAUGCAUGGGGUCCAAAUUCUAGGCCGUCAUCGGCUUCUGGGGCAUUGACAUCAAAUCAAACAUCACUGACCUCAUUGCGUCCUCGCAGUGCAGAGACAAGACCUGGUAGUUCACAGUUGUCAAGAUUUGCUGAACACUCUGAACAUCCAGUGGCCUGGAGUGCUCCUGGGACCGCUGAAAAGUUGGGAGUCUUGUCAGCGAAGAAUGAUGGGUUUUCGCUUUCUUCUGGAGAUUUUCCGACACUUGGUUCAGAAAAAGAUAAUCCUGGAAAUAAUGCCAAGUCACAAGAUCACAGUUCUUACUGUCGUCCUGGGUCAUCUUCUGGUGACAGAGUGGCAAAAGAGACGACUGGGACUUCUCUAGUUGGUGAUGUUUCCACAAAUGCAAAUGUCAAGAGUGGAACUGCUAAUUCAUGGAAAAGAGAAAAUCCCUCAUACAGCGGAGAUGGAGGUAGACCUGGUAUGGAGAAGUGGCAGGGUAAUCCCCAUCCUUACCCUAGUGCUAACGUCCCUCCCCCACAUUAUGAUGGAUGGCAUGGUGGUCCAGUAACUAAUCCACAAGGUGGUGUUUGGUAUAGAGGACCUCCAGGGGCUACUCCCUACGGAACUCCGGUCCCUCCUGGUGGCUUUCCAAUGGAGCCAUUUCCAUAUUAUCCUCCACAGAUUCCACCUGCUGCUCUAGCCAACGCACAGCCUGUUCCUCCACCUGGAACAGGACCAAGAGGACACCAUCCUAAAAAUGGAGAUAUGUACAGAGCUCAUAUGCAAGAUGCUUAUAUUCGCCCUGGUAUGCCAAUUCGACCUGGCUUUUACCCUGGUCCCGUACCCUAUGAGGGCUAUUACCCUUCUCCAAUGGGCUACUGCAAUCCAAAUGAACGUGAUGUGCCGUUUGUGGGAAUGGCAGCUGGCCCCCCUGUUUAUAAUAGGUACCCUAGCCAAAGUGCUCAUGAGCCUGGCAAUUCUCAUGGCAGACCCAGUGGAUAUGGCCCUACUAACCAGGCAGUGAUGUCGGAGCAAUUAGAAUCUGGUCAUCCGCAUGAGUCUCGUGGACCUUACAAAGUUCUUCUGAAGCAGCAUGACAGUUGGGAUAGAAGAAAUGAGGAACAAAGGAAUGAGGGUGCUGUCUUAUCUCAUGCAUCAAGUCUUGAGAGGGAGGACCAACCAAGAACGUUGGCAUCGGAGAAUGAUUGGAUAUCAGAUCACAGAAAGGGGGGAGAGAGGGAUCAAAGGAAAGCGCUUGGUGAAGAAACUGCCUCACAGAAUUUUGACAACCGAGGAGCUUGUUCUGUUCCUAUGAAAGUAGCUCCUGAAAGUUUGGGAAAUAUAAAGGCAGAUGAUGUCAUUUCAGUGAAGACAUUGGGAACUGAAGCCUCUGGCACAGCGGAGGUAGGACAACCACUACUGGCUGCUGCGAAAGACUCCAGUCUGAUUCAAAAAAUAGAGGGAUUAAAUGCAAAGGCACGAGUUUCAGAUGGACGAAAUGAUACUGCAUCUGUUUCCAGUAGGGAGGAGCAGAAAAAUAGAUUCCAAGUCAAUGCUAAAGCUAACCAUUCAGUAAAUGAACGUGGUAGUAGCUUUGUAAAUCCUGAAAGAUCUCAUGUCACUGAAAUAGUAAAUCCCUCUCAUGAAGUGGGCUUUUCUGCUGGAGAUAAAAACCAAGUAACAGCAGGCAGUGGAAUUUCAAUCUCCAGGCGAUCUAAUCAAGGCAUGCAUAGUAGAUCAGAUCAUCGUGGUAGAGGAAGGUUGAAUAAUCAAGAAGGUGAAGGGUGGUGGAAGAAAUCCUUGGUCUCAGAACCAACAACCGUGGUAUCAAGUGCACAUUUGGAAACUCCUAAUGUUCAUCUGCAGGACCACCUUGUUACAAUGGAAGCUACUGAAAAGUCUGGAUCUUAUCCACAAGGCAGGCAUGAGGAGGAAUCUGCGACACCAUUGUUAGAUCCAAACGAUUCUGAGGCACAGCGUGCUAAAAUGAGGGAGCUUGCCAAGCAACGUACCAAGCAGUUACAGGAGGAAGAAGAGGAACGGACAAGAAGGCAGAUGGCCAAGGCUUUUGCAAAAUUGGAAGAGUUGAACAGACGUACUCAAGUGGUGGAGGGUUCAAAUGAGAAGUUUGCAAAAUUGAAUGAGAAGUAUGAGGAAGAAGAGGAACGGACAAGAGAGCAGACGGCCAAGGCUCUUGCAAAAUUGGAAGAGUUGAACAGAUGUACUCAAGUGGUGGAGGGUUCAAAUGAGAAGUUUGCAAAAUUGAAUGAGAAGUAUGAGGAAGAAGAGGAACGGACAAGAGAGCAGACGGCCAAGGCUCUUGCAAAAUUGGAAGAGUUGAACAGAUGUACUCAAGUGGUGGAGGGUUCAAAUGAGAAGUUUGCAAAAUUGAAUGAGAAGUAUGAGGAAGAAGAGGAACGGACAAGAGGGCAGACGGCCAAGGCUCAUGCAAAAUUGGAAGAGUUGAACAAAUAUACUCAAGUGGUGGAAGGUUCAAAUGAGAAGUUUGAAAGUCGCUCAAGUGGUGCCAUCCAGAAUAAGCAAGAAGAAUCUCAAACUUCUGUUGAACCAUUAGUGCCUGGUAGAAAGUCAGCUUCGGGUUCUAACCUGAAUGCUGUUGCAGAGAUUAAUGAGAGCAGCAGUGGAAAAGUUGAAAAGUCAACUGUUCCAUCUAGUGGGCUACUUUUGGAAACACCAAAGAGUGCCUACAAGGAACCUGUUGAGAUGCAUGAUCAAUCUGCGAUUGUUGCUAAUGCUGUUCAUCACAACAAUGCCCCCCAGGCUCAUGACAUCAAUAUCUCUAGGCAGAAGCAGGCCCCAAAACAGAGGCAGAACAAUCAGUUAGAAAAGAAGUCUACUGGAAAGUUUACUUCCAUGAGUACAGCUGAGGGUCAGACAGAUACAGUGGUUAAUGUUUCCGCAUCUCUUGGAGUUAUAGGAAGUGAAACAGCCUUGAGUAGUGAGUCAAGCCUGACUGCGAAUUCCAGUGCCAUACUUGAGUCAUCUUCUUAUCCAAGAAAGAAACAUAACCGAAAUGGCAAGAAUAAGCACAAAACAGAGAAUACAUCAACAGUGGCUGUUCUACCAUCAUCUGUAUCAAAAGAAACAAACAUUGCAAAUGCCACUUUUGAGAGUGGAAGGCCAAAGUUAUCUGAGUUGGAGGUGGAUCCUAACUCAGUUCAUUUGCAGGCCAUUCCUAGAGAUGCACACCAGUCUUCGGAGCAACACUCGUCUCUGUCAAAUGAUGAAUCUCAAGGUAGAGUAAAUAGCCAGUGGAAAUCUCAGCAUCCUCGGCGUGGGUCGAGGAAUGCACAAGCUAUUAAGCACUCUGAAAAGUUUCACAGUACUGAUGCUGUCGUCUGGGCACCUGUGCGGUCACAGAACAAAGCUGAUGUAAAUGAUGAAGCUAUCCCCAAAAAUGAAGUUGAGGCUGUUAAUGCUGUAAAGACCGACAAUAAGGUGCAAAGUAACUCAAAAAAUAAGAGGGCAGAAAUGGAGAGAUAUGUUCCAAAACCUGUAGCUAAAGAGAUGGCGCAUCAAGGAGGCACUCAACCACCAGUGACUUCUUUAAUCAAUCAGACUGCAGUAAAUGAGACCAUUGAGAGAGCAGAUUCUGCUUCUCAAGGUGCCGAAAGUUCUCAACCUACUACCAUAACUGUUGGAAAAGUGGGGAUUCCCAUAGAUUCCUGGAAUGGGAGUAGUAGACAGACUAAGCACGGAAAGGCACAUGGAUCAUGGCGGCAACGGGGGUCAACAGAAUCAACCACCACUCAAGGUUUGCAAGAUGGACCAUCAUAUACUUCAAAUGUUAGUCAGAGUGAUAAAAAAUCAAUCCAGUAUCAUCAACCCCAGAAGCCUGAUGUUGGCUCAAUGGUAGAGCAACCAAAGAGUUCUGAUGGUUAUUCUGAUGGAUGGAACAUGCCCAACGAGCCUGAUGUUGUUGCACCGGUCUCUGUAUCAAUUGCAAAGGACCAGGGAGUAAAAGGAAGAGGAAAACAACAUCCAUUCAAGGGACACAAAGCCAUGGGAAAUCAUCAUGAUCUUGAUCAAAAGAAAACUAGUAGAGGGGUUGCUGACAAAAUUAACAAUCAAUCAUCAGUCUCUGAAAUGGGUCAGGACCUACCUGCUGCUUCCAAAGAGAAUCGAGCUGUUGGCGAACGUGCAAUGCCUCAUUGGCAACCCAAAUCUCAGGCACUUUCAGCCAAUAAUCAACGGGGAAACAGGGCCAAUGGUGGUCAAAAUGUUGGUGUAGAAGUUGGUCAGACUGUCAAAAAGGAAACCAGUCCCCGAGGUGGGGUGCCACUUCAGCCAACACCUGACAAGGACACUACUGAAUAUGUGGCCCAGCAGCGACAUGAUCAAUUGAUUUCUGAGAGAAACAAUGAAGAGGAAGGACUGAAUAAGAGAGAGAGGAAAGCCAUCAGGGGACGCCCCCACUCUCCAAACCUGGGUCCAGUUAGGCCAGUUGAACUGGCUCCCACUGGUAUGGAUGCUAGACAAGAGCAGCAUUAUCACACAGGGUUCCGCAAAAAUGGAAACCAAAACAACCGUUUUGGCAGAGGUCAAGAAUCUCGUGGGGAUUGGAAUUAUUCAGGGCAUGAUAGUAGGCAACACAACCCCCCUGCAAACAGGGAGAGACCGAGGCACAGUUCGCAUUUUGAGUACCAGCCAGUUGGGCCGUACAACAACAAUACCAAACUUGACAACUCCGAGGGACCUAGAGAUGGUUCUCAUAGUGCAGGUGGAAGGGUCAAGGAAAGAGGCCAAAGUCACCCGCGACGUGGUGGGGGAAACUUCCAUGGACGACAAAGUGGUGCUGUGCGAGUAGAUGCAGAUAUGGAGUAGUAGCUAGAAAAAUGAAAAGUUCUGAAGAUGAGGUUUUUAUUGAUUGAAACCCACUCUUUCCCACUCUUGCACUGUUAGCAGUGGCAGAUCGAGCUGUUUUUGGGUAUUCUAGCCGUAGGGCUGCUGAUUUGCAACUGUUCAUAUUUGUUAAAUGGACAACUGAUGGCUUCUGCCCCCUGAGCAGGGGUUCCGGCAAAGUUGAUGGUGCUAAAUUAGUUAGCUGCUUGGAGGUAGUCGAAUGUGGCGUAUUUAUGGUUUUUUUUUUUUUUCUUCUUUAAUUACAAAUAUGAUGUGAAACAUUGUGACUUGGUCACCCUUUGUUUCCUAAGGAACCCUUUCAACAUCUUUCUUCCGGCCGUUGUAUUUACUAUUUAGUGACCCAUAAUUCCUUGGCUCUAAAUAUGGAGCCGGCAGGAAGGAAUGAAAUUAGAGGAAGUUUAUGAUUCUCAAUCAAACUAGUCUCGAUAUCUUGUUGACUGGUUUUCAUUGUGGCUUGUACGGUUGUACCUUGUUUGUUGACAAGUAGAGUAAGGAUCCAUCUUCACAGUUGUUUAUUGGCCAAAAAUAAAAUUAUAUAAUGUGAAUAUAUCAGGGGCUCCUUUCCGUUCU